UGCGCGCAGCCACGCGCAGCAGCUCAGCUGUAUGUACGUGAAUGCGAGUCGCGCUCCGCAGCUGAUGCGGCCCGUCGCCGCCGCGUCGUGGUGUUCCGUUUAGAAAAAUGCGCCGCGUCGAGAUUCGACGCCGUCGUCGUCGACCCCGCGAUCUGCGCUAACGUUCUUGACCGUCAUCGUCUUCCUAGUCUUCCUAAUAGAGUCGUACCCCUCGGUCCCGUCUUCGACCGCGCGAAGCGUCCCGCUGCCGGGAAAAUCGGACUCGGCUAGAUGAGGGCAACGUCGUUAAAUUAAUCGGUGAUGCGGUCGGUAGAAUUGAACGCGGUGUGUGGGCUAAUAGAUCACUCUUUCGCGCGCGCCCGAACAAUGGACCGUGAGGAGGAGGAGGAGGAGCAGCAGCGACGGUAGAACAAAGGGCGACCGGACUUGCGGAUCCUCCGGCUGUGCAUUACCCGUGCAUCCCGGCGGCGCGGCUGCAUUUAUUUAUACGCUGGGAGAUUUAUACCCGCUGGGAGAUGCGCGGACGUUAGCGUGGAAGACGCUUCGCGCGACCUGGACGCGCGAUUCUAAGCGAGGAUUCUUCUUGUCUGGCGAGGUCGUGUCGAUUCGGUCGGAGCGCGGGGUUGUCUAUCGCAAUUCGGUGACGGCGUUGCGUUUUUCUUCUGCGGCUUGACGACAGCGCGGGGGUGACGCUCGCGAGACAGAGAGAGAGAAAGAGCGACGCAAGAUGCACUUUGUGGUCUUUGAUUUCUUUGGGACUUGUGCGGAGCAUCCCCGCAGCGCGCGAUAAGGCUGGAGUACAUAUUCACGCGGAUGAUAAAACGUGCGUUAAAUAGAUAGAGUGGCGUCCAGGAUACAGCCAUUAUGGAGGCUUUGCGCCUGGCUAUACAGACGCGGCUUGGGGAGAGGAUGGUCAGCAUGAGUUCAAUGCUCGUGGAGACAGUCAGCAUAAAUUAUGAAGAUUUCAAUGAGAGUUUUCUAACAUGUGGCACCUGUCUCUGUGUUUACGAUGGCAGUGAACAUACACCUAAAUUGUUACCAUGUUCACACACGGUAUGUCUGCAUUGUCUGACAAGAAUUGCUGCAUCUCAAACACGAGAAACAGGGGCGUUCAGAUGUCCUAUUUGUAGAGAAUUAAUAACAAUCCCCCGCGGAGGAGUAUCCGCGCUGCCGCCGAGUUUUCUCGUGAACCAACUUCUGGACCUCAUGUCCCGACAAAGACGAGAGGUCAUUCCAAAGUGUUCAGUUCAUAUAAAUCAGGAAUUAUUAUUUUGCGAAACUUGCGACACGGUAUUUUGUACGGUAUGCACGGGCGGGACUCACGCGGGGACAUCACCUGGAUGCACGGAACACACUAUUAUCCCGUUCAGCAUCGCGAUCAAACGAAUGUCCGAGAUACUGCUUUAUAAAGCCAACGAGUGUAUAUCAAAGUUAACACAGGCACAAGAUUCCGUGAGCACGGAGCUGCAGCGUUUGGAAGCCUCCACGGAGAGAUGUCUGAACGCAGUGGACACGGAGUUCGCAGAGAUCAUCGCCAAGAUAGAGAGACGCCGGUCAGAGCUGCAGGCUGCUGUGACCGCUGCUGCACGCGACAAGAAACACGUGCUUGAGGAGCAGCACUCCCUUAUCGAGGCGGAGAAGAGCAAGGUGGAGAGAGAAUGCGAAGGACUGCAAUAUCAGGUCGAGGUCCGGAAUAUUACCCAACGUAUUAACAGCCUGUCCGAUCAGCUCGACGCGGCGACCGCCCUCAGCGAGCCCAAGGAGAAUGCCUUUAUCACGGUCGAAUUCAAUCAUAACGACGCUCUCUCGCAGUUAGAGCAAGCACUGACUAACUUAGGACGAGUACGUUCUAGUACAACAUUACCAGGUUUAUGUCGAGCCAGGAUGAAGGAUCUGGCGAUAGUGAAGCUACAAGCGACCGUCAUAGUCGAAACGGUGGAUUAUCAUGGCCAUCCGCGGAAUGUAGGCGGUGAUCUUAUCGGCGCCGAGCUGACGCUCACAGAUAACAUCCACGUGGAAAAUCAAAGCGCUCCCAUCGAGACUGAGGUGAAGGAUCUGGAGAACGGAACUUAUGAGAUUUACUUCCGUCCGCCGAUCGCGAGCCGAUACGUCUUGAAGGUGUCGGUCUUUGAACGUCCUAUAAAAGAUUAUCCGUUAUUCUUCGACGCGACCGAACAUAAUGAGCCGAUCAAGAUAUACGGGAGACGCGGCAAUGGGAAGGACGAAUUCCAUCAACCAGUCUCGGUCGCAGUGGAUGACGAAGGGAUGAUCUAUAUUUUGGAUACUGGAAAUUCUCGCAUCAAGGUACUCAAUUGUGAUCUAGAGUUUCAAAGACACAUCAACAAUGAAGGCUUGGAGGGCCGUAGUUGCACGGGAAUAUGUAUUUCUCAGCAGGGUCUCGUAGUCGUUAACUGGCGAACGCGAACGAUUACGGAGAUGACUUCGUUAGGUGACACAAUUCGAUCCUUUUCGCAUAACGCGUUUCAAGAACCGAUAGACAUUGCAGUGGACAAGAGUUACGGACAUAUACUCGUCGCUGACAAUGGCCAAAGUUGUGUGUUUGUAUUUGACUCAGACGGCAAGAUACUAUUUCAGGUCGGUAAGAGAGGCACGUUUAAGCUGAUCAGUUCCGUCACUGUUGGCCCUGACGGUGAGAUUUUAGUUGCCGACAGCAGAAUUCAGGUGUUUUCUGCGAAAGGAGAUUUCUCUGAAGAAAUAUAUUCUGAGGGAAAGGGAAAAGGCAUUUACGGAGGAAUAGCCGUAGAUGCAGACGGCAAGGUACUCGGUACCCGAACGGACAAGGGUCGUAGCAUAAUACAAGUAUUGAAGCUAGGUGGAGGAAAUAUCUUAACCGAAAUCGAUUCUCACAGCUCGAAAUUACGACGUCCUGCAGGCAUAGCCAUACUACCGAACAAUCACCUAGUAGUGGUGGACCUGGGCAAUGAUUGUAUAAAGAAAUACAGGUAUUGGUAAAGAAAAGUCGUUCGUUCGAGUAUCAAAAUUCGGUCGCGAGUGGGGAGAAAGUCCAUUGCGAACAUACCAAAUGUGUCAAUCUAAUUUAAAAUUAUUUAUUCAUAUUUUCUUUUGUGGAACUUGUAGCUGUAACGUUGCGUAUUUUGUGAUGGAUAUAAUGCCUGUUUUUUAUAAAUUUUUAUAUAUAGUUUAUAAAUUAUGCAGCAGGAAAAGUGUGGGGCGAAAUAAUAAUAACAAAGAGGAAAUGUGAAUUUUCAUUAGGCAAUAUAUAUUGCUGCAUUGCUGUUGUAUUACGAUUUACGCUUCGCCUUUAUUAUUUCUAAAAUUUUGUUUCAACUUUUUGUGUUCAACCUCACUUUCUCUCUCGUUCCUCGCGUAGAUACAUUAUGAAUAUACAACUGUUUUACCGCGCAUACAAAACAGAGUCAUCCGGAAUGCUCAGUACUUACUGUACGUAUACUUUAAUAUUUUAUAACCGUUUAAGUCAUCGCGCGAUUAAUAUUUAAUCGUUUUAAUGCGUAAAACAACUCUGUUUUGUCGCUGACUAAUAAUAAUAUACCGCGGACAACGAGAGAUUCGCUCCCUCCUAGUUUUGUCAAAUUUUAUAAGAGACUUUCGUUAUUUUCGAUCUUUCGUUAUUGAAUUCAUUUAAUUUCUAUUGAUAUCCAAAGAUCUGUUCAUUGUUUUUGGUUCGCAAAAGCACAGACUUUGAAGAUAAGAUUGGGUUGAAAUCCGCACGAGCAAACGUUCGUCCGAUGGAAUAUGAACAGUUCAAUUAAAGAAAUAGAAUUAAACAAGCUGGUCUCUCUUGUCUUAUCUCAGAUAAAAUUUUUUUUAAUUAGCUCGAUCAAAUUAAACAAGGAGGCGUCGAAUCACUGUUCGCGGCUAUGUACUGUUACUAUAUAGAAGUUGUACGCAUAUACACACUGCCGUUCCAUGUUCAUUUACACCAUAGUCACGAUAAAAUACGUCACGUAAUAUAAAAUCAAUCACAUGUAAAUAAAUCACCUAAAAUACCAUAAUCUUGAGAUCAUACGGACGUUUUAUCAAAUUUGGAACUUUCUGUAUUUUUUAACAUUUCUGUCCACACUCAUUAAAUUCGUUCUAUUCUGCUGUUUCACGCAUUCGAUUUCAUAUCUGUCGAUUUAUUCAGUGCAAUUGAAAAGAACUGAGUUUCUCGUUAUCUGCUUUUUAUUUGACCUCACUUUUUCUAUUUUCUUUUCUUUUCGUCUCACGAAUCUUGAGGUAUUUACAACUCGCAGGAGAUUUUUCGUUUUCCUAACAGACAUGAAAUUUAAGUUACUCAACUUUGGCACUACGUGAUUUUUUAAUUAAGCAAAGCGUAAAUUAUACACUUAGUGUAAGAUAACUAGAAAGUAUAUUAAGAAUUGUACAUAUAUUUUUUCAGUAUUAUCAUAAAUCUCUAUAAAAUUGGCAACAUGGUUUCUUUACACAAGUA